CAGCCAGGGAAGCAGCACCACUGAACAGGAUCACAGGAGUACUGUGGAAUCAAAAGACCCAAGAUGAUUAGAAAAUCAAAAGUGACAGACGGGACAGCCGCUGGCCAAGUUGGGAUCAAGAAAAAAUCUAAGGUCCCUGGAGUGAUGAUUACACAGUUUAUCGAGACGCUGCCAGAAGGAAAGAGCCAUCCAGACUUCACCCGCAAGCCAAUUGCUUUGACCAUCCAAGAGGGGAAAUUUGCUUUCUUUAAAGCUAUUGUCAUUGGAGACCCAACACCAACUGUAACAUGGAGCAGAAAUAAUGGAGAUGUGUCUGAUACUUCCCGGUACCAGAGUAAAUACGAUUCCCUUUCCAAUGAGCACACAUUUGAGAUGCCAAAUGUUGCCCCAGAUCAAGCAGAUACCUACAAAUGCUUCGCCACAAAUGAAUAUGGACAAGCCACGGUCACAGUUGUUUUAAAUGUGAUUGAAGUGGGCUUUAAAAAAAACAAAGCCCAAAAGCAAGCAGCUGAUGCAAUAGAAGGGGAUUUUAAGAGUGUUCUAAAAAGGAAAAGCAAGGUUCAACCCAAAUCUGAGCAACCUGAGAAAAAAGAGGGAGAAAUAGAUCCAAAAUUUUGGGAGCUUUUAAUUAGCGCUGACAAGAAAGAUUAUGAGGGAAUCUGUGCAGAGUUUGGGGUAACUGACUAUCGUUGGAUGCUCAAGAAAUUAAACGAGAUGAAGAAAGAGAGGGAGGAAGAACAAGCACAGUUCGUCAAAAGCCUCUCUAAUCUGAGACCUAUUCAGGUCAAUGCAGAUGGCACUGCAUCCUUUGAGAUAGACAUGGACCUCAUUGAACAAAGCAGCUCUAUAUUCCUGUACAAGGAUGGUGAAAUGAUCCCUUACACAAAAGAACUGGGUGAUAAGCUCAAGCACAGCCUUAAGAAAACUGGAAAAAAGUACAUUUUCAGCAUGAGAGACCUAAUGCCAGAGGAUGCCGGGCUGUACCAGUUGGAUGUUGAGGAUGUCAAUAUGUUUUCCACUGAUUUUAAAAUCCCCAUGGUGGAUUUCUUGGUGAAGAUUCAGGAAGUAAAGGCAAAAGAGAGAGAAGAUGCCGUAUUUGAGUGCGUCUUGUCAAACCCCUUUGCCAAGAUUUUGUGGUUUGGCAAAAAUGUGCCACUGGAACAGGGAGAUAAAUAUGACAUUGAGGUUUCAGAAGACAAGCUCAUUCACAGGCUGGUGGUUAAAGACUGCAUGGUGGCAGAUAAAGGAAUUUAUUGUGCCUGUGCAGGGAUAAAAUCUUGCAGUGCUUGGCUUGUCAUUGAAGCUGAUAAAGAUGCACCAAAGGGUAAAAAGACAGCAAGGAAAACAACAAGGGCAGGGGGAUCUGGGCAGGAUUUACAGAAAAUUGCCCAAGAGCAACAAGCAAAACUAGAAAAGGAGAAAGAGGAAAGAAAAGAGCAAAUGAAAGCUUCUGAAGAGGCUGCACCUCCACCUGCUGCACCCACUGACACUCCAGUUGUGGCUGCAGCUUCCAAACCAAGUUCACAUCCACCAGUUGUGGAGGCACCAACCACUGGCCACUCACCUGAGGAAACCAGUGGUAGUGAAAUGCUAAAUCAACCACUUGCAUAUGCAGAGCCUGAAAUUACCUCUGGGCUUUCUGAUAUUUAUGCCCUUCGAGGAAAAUCAGCUGAAUUGCAAGUGAAGAUGAACAUUGACAGUGAUGGCACCUGGUUCAAAGAUGGAAAGCAGUUAAACUCAGGUGCUGGGAUGACCAUAACCAAAGAUGGAAAUUCUCAUGAGCUAAGAAUUCAAAGCUGCAGUGAUGAAAGCUCUGGAGUUUAUCAGUUUACAUCAGGGGAACACAGCACACAAGGGAAGGUUACAGUUGGAGAUGUACCCGAGUUUGAUCCAGAUGACCUUCACAAGUUCUCUAAACCUGUGAUAGUAAGAGUGGGACAAAAUGCUGCUUUCAAGAUGCCCUUUCCUCCUCAGGAGUCUUUGGAGGUCAACUGGUUCAAGGAUGGCACUAAGCUGAAAGAUGGAGGAGGAGUUAAGAUUGUGAGGGAGCGCAAUCACAGCCGCCUGUUGUUCAGAGACUGCCUGCGGAUAGACACAGGGGAAAUAAAGAUCCAGCUGAAAAACCCAUUUGGAGCCAUAGAGGCCACAUCUAAGCUUAUUGUGCUUGAUCGACCCGGUCCACCAGAGGGUCCAGUGAAGACGGUUGAAACUACCUCAUCAAUAAUUGAGAUUAAAUGGGACCCUCCCAAAGACGACGGCGGAUCUGCUGUAACCAACUACACUAUAGAACGGCAGCAGACAGGACAGAGUCUGUGGACAAAACUUGGAGACGUCUCAGCGGACAAGACCUCCUUCAGAGAUAGGAAUGUGACACAUGGAAAGAAAUACAACUAUCGCAUCUAUGCAGAAAACCCUGAGGGUAUUAGUGAUGCCCUGGAGACAGCUGAAAGCAUAUUGGCUGGCAUAAUGAUACUCGCCGGUCCUCCUGGUGCUCCUACAGUGGUAAGUGCUUCAAAAACCUGUAUCAACUUGACCUGGACCCCUCCAGAGGAUGACAAAGGAGUGCCGAUCAUUGGGUACCAAGUAGAGAAACGGAAGAAGGACACAAAUGAGUGGAUGCCCCUAAAUGCAGUUAAUGAACCUAUUGAAGACAUAAAGUACGCAGUCAAAGAUAUCACUGAGGGUUCAGAGUACGAGUUCAGGGUUACAGCAAUCAAUGAGUCAGGAUCUGGAGAUCCAAGCCCUCCAUCUGAAAUGGUGUGUGCAAAGAAUCCCAACAUGAGACCUUGUUUUAAGGAUCCAGAGGACUUCAUUGUUGUCAGAGCAGGAAAUUCUGCUCGUGUCAAAAUUUGCUUUGAGGCUGAACCUCCACCUCAGAUCACUUGGCUGAAGGAUGACGAGAAAAUAUCUGCGUGGAUUAAUAUCAUAAAUACAGAGGGAACAUCUCAGCUUGUUAUUCCCAAUUCAAAGCGCUCGGAUUCAGCCAUCUACACUAUUAAAGCCAAAAACUCUGUGGGUGAGGCUUCAUUUGACAUUGAACUUAGAGUCACAGAUGAACCCAAGGUUCCAGGGCCUGUGGAACUAGAGCAAACAGUACAUGGAAAGCUAGUGAUAUCAUGGGCUCCCUCACCAGACCAGGAGCUUGAUGACCGCCUGCACUACAUGGUUUCUCAACAUGACUCCCUCAACAGAGUUUGGAAAACUAUAGCAGACCGUCUAUUCACUAACACAUACACAGCUAGCAACAUCCUUUCUGGGACAGAGUAUCAUUUUCGAAUCUAUGCCAAGAAUGAUAUGGGACUGUCAGAUCCAUCUCCGUCACCUACAUGGGGCACCAACAUCAAUAAAGUUCCAGUAACUUCAAAUGGAAUUAUUUCCACAGAGGUCUCCUUUGAGAGACCUCCAUCUAUCUUGGUCCCUCUGAAAGUCCACACACCACCUAAAGGUUACCAACUCUUUAUGACAUGUGCCGUUAGAGGAUAUCCCGCCCCAACUGUAUCCUGGUACCUGAACGACAUCUGCAUCAACUCAGACAAUAAUUACUACAUCACCAACUCUUUUGGUGUCUGCUCCCUGUAUAUUCUCCAAGUUCGGUCGAAGGACAGUGGGGAAUAUAAGGUAGUCGCAGUUAACUCUUUUGGCAAGGCAGAGUGUUCCGCUAAAAUUUUUGUCAGAGAUUAAUUGGCAACAAACCUUUGUGGAGCUUUUCUUCUUACUGAGAUCCUGUGGAAAAUACAGAAAUAAAAUGAAUGAAUUUUUUGGUUUGCUAUAUAAGAGAAAUAAUAUACUUUCGAUACAAAGUUUGGGA